AUGCUCUUCCACUUAGCAAUACCACACAUCACCAGAACAAUCUACUUUCUCCUGCCUAGCACAAAGAGAAAUUCAUUCGAGUGUCCGUUUUCGUCAGACACCUCUACCUACAAGUGGUAACGACCACAGUAGCCUCGUGAUCUGCGGUGAUUUCAAGAUGAAGCAGAAGUUGGUAAUCGAAUUGGACAUGUUUGAUGAGAAGAGGAGGUCUAAAGCCAUGAAGAUUGUCGUUGGUGCUGAAGGUUUGGCGUCUGUGGCUGUGGAUGAGAAGGACAACAAGAAGUUGGUAGUGAUAGGUGAGGACAUGGACGCCUUUGAGAUCGUGAAGUCCCUAAGGAAGAAGAAAUUCAGGGCGAUCAUGGAGAGCUUAGACGAAGUGAAGAGCGAGAAGAAGGACGAAAAAAAGGAGGACAAGAAGCCAGAGGAGAAUAAGCCCGUCGAGAAGUGGCCGUGUGUUUGCCAUCCUAAUUUACAUCAGCAUAUCGCGUACCCUGUUCCAGUAGUCAGUAGCUACGGCUACGACUUCGAUCCUUGGUCCAUUUUCUAGCAGGCAUAUACCAGUAACUAGGCACGUUUCUGUUACUGUUUUGGGGGGCGCGUAUCCUUGGCUCCCCUCUUGCAAGCCAGUGUUGUUAAAGGGGAUGACAAAAUUGUUAGCAUUGGCCAAUUCAAAGAAAAGAAGCCCCUCGAGCAAUGGCGUAUGUUUACCGGAUUACUGCCCCGCAACAUAUUUGCUCCAUUAUGUAAUACCUUGUUGUACAAGCAAAAAGUUUUGCUUAUUUUUUUCCUUAUGAAAAUAAGCCAUUUCCAUC